CAAGGGGCGAUGAAAACCACUAUUUGAAGCAAAGAAGAACGGUGCAUUUCCGGUUAGCAAAAAUGGCUCAAGGUUCAAAGAAAUUUAAAGCUCAGCGGACAGGAGCGUCUAAAAAGCAACAACAAAACAAACAGAAAGGACCGAAGAAAGGAGGGAGGGUCAUUGCCCCCAAGAAGGCUCAAGUGGUUCAGCAACAGAAGCUGAAGAAGGGUCUAGAGGUUGCCAUCAGGAACAAGAUUGAGCAGGAGGUGACCCAGAAGGCAAGCUUAUCCCUCCACAAACCACUGAGUGUGGUUAAAGGGCCUGAAGGUAAAGGCAACCCUGGAGCAGCCCGUCCAGGAACCAGCUCCAAAUAGGGCCUGAUACGCAACCGCACACCUACAGACCUGAGGCUGAAUGUGCUAAACUUAACGACUUAGUCAUGGGGCCAGUGACCUACAUUGACCCCAUGAAUCAGAUUUAAGAUACAUGCCAGCUGUCCUGUUGUUUUUGGCUCCUGAAUGUUUCAGCGGACUUCAGGCAUAUAGAAAUAGUCGGAGCCCUUCUUGUACAGAUGCAAAUUAUUAAUUUUUCAAUUAACAAAGAAAUGUAUAAAAUAAGAGAACAGACAUUCUAGAUAUGAUAUGCAUCGCUGGGCCAUGGAAAUUACAUAAACCUCCACUAGGGGGCACCACGGGACUUUAUUGGCUCUCAAGGAGUUUCUGAUUUGUUUGCUUGUGUUUUUUUAUUGUAAAAAUCCUGAUUGAAAGAGGAAAGAACAUAAGAAACCAUGACUUUAUAUCACCUUUGGGUUGUACCUCUCUAAAAAACCGUUUUGUAUCAUUCUAUCAUGAUUGUACAGAAAACAAUAAAUCAGCAUAAAAUAGGGGAAA